AUGAGUAGGGGCUCUAAGAGACAGAGGAGACGGUCUGCUGCGCCCAUUACAAGCAGUCCGCUCAAAACGAAGGCACCCCCAGCCGCCGUAUCCGACAAUGUGGAAGCAAUGGGCGAAGAGUCUACUCAUGAUGAUGGUCAGGAAGCGCCAGAGAGCGAGCCUGUUGAGGCACAACAAGAGAACGCGGGAGAGACAACAGCGUCGGAUGAGCAACAGUCAACAUUCCAUUCGCUGCAGGAGCAAUUGGAGCAUCUCAGGCAAGAUUGUCAGCACCUUCAGAAGGCUAUUGAUGACGAUGACGAUUUGAGGGAGGAAAGCUUAGCUAUCCUUCGACAGUCUCUCCUGCAGAACGAUCCCCUUCGGCUAUCAAAGUCUCAUAAUGACGGAGACAACAUCUCUGCAUACUUGACAUUGUUCGCGCCGGCCAACUUACAACUUACAAGUCAUACUGAGACGAAACUCAUAAAGGAUCGAACAAAGAUCGUCCACCGUCUGAAGGUGGAAGCACCGUCUCCAUGGCUCCCAAAUGCUCUCUUUUGCGUCUUUGAAGUGGCCAUCGAUGCUGAGAACGCCCAGAUUGAACAUGUGGCCCUGAACGAAGUGAUGUUGGCCGUUACCCGCCGCACCAAGUCGAACAAGGCCGAAAUCUACAGAUGGGUUAAUGACCGCUUAGAGCACCCUCUGCAUCGGCUUGACGUUAGCGGCAUGGUCUGGGGCAUGGGACGGUGGUUCAAUGCUGCGGUCGAACGGGCUAAAGUAUUCCGAUGGAUUGACCUGAAAUACAAGAGAUUCCAACUCGAUGCUGCCGGCCAAAUAGACGGAAAAGACGAAGGGUUGACUCGAGACACAUGCAUCGAAUUAGCACGAUAUCUGGACAGCACUCAAAACUCUGCCGUUGAUGCCGACGUGAUAGAGACCUCUGGCGGCAAGAAGUACCGGAAGAAACUCAUGCUAACUUGGGAAAUCGACCUAGACUGGGCUGGCGGUCUCACCUCGAACAUUCAGAUCUCCGCCAGUGGCAUCCCUCUGAAAGCAGAGCCUGGGUUGAAGACCAUCUUCUGCAGCCUCGUCCCGAGGGUGGGCGUGAAAGGUGCGUUCGAGAACGUCUGGAGCAUGAUCCAUAGUGAGGCCGAGGAGUACAAGUCCGACAGUGCCAAGGGAAAAUUCAAGAAGCGGCGGAAAGACGAUUGA